AUGUUUAACGGAAUGGAUUUGUACACUGUGAGCGUGUCGGCGCCGGGGAAGGUGAUACUGCACGGGGAACAUUCGGUGGUAUACGGGAAGACUGCGAUAGCUGUAAGCCUCGGCCUGAGAAGUUCCAUCGUUGUCAAGGAGGUUCAUAACAAUGGAGAUCCAACUGUUAACAUCCACCUGCCAUGCGUCGAUCUCCAAGAAACCCUACCGCUAAAACCCAUGGUGCAAGCUCUCUUCAACCCUCAACUCAGUCCCAACAUCACCGGCAAAUUUUCAUGGCGGCUCCCCGACAAAUUGAAUCACGACAAGCAUCUUCGGAAAGUGGAAGAUCUGCUGCACAUCAUCAAACCAAACUUCGACACGCUGCAGAACAACCAGAAGAACUCUUUAAGAAGUUUCUUGUAUCUAUUCUCGGGGAUUUACGGCAGCACGCAUCUUCCCGUGAAAUCUAUGAAUAUAUCUAUGGGCUCGGAGCUUACCAUUGGUGCUGGGACGGGCAGUUCUGCGUCUUUCGCGGUCUGCCUCGCAGGUGCUCUCAUCAGGCUUAUGAAGUUAAAGAGUGCCAGCUACGACUCCUAUUACGACCAGAGUGAUGACUUCUCUAUGACCGAGAAGGAGAUUAUAUCUGAAUGGGCGUUCAAUUGCGAGAGGAUCAUGCAUGGAUCUCCUUCUGGUAUAGACAACGCGACGUGCACCUUCGGCUCUAUGGUAUCGUUCAAAAAAGGCGGGAAACCGCGCGUCCUGAACAUAAGAUUGAAUCUGCGGGUGCUGCUGGUGGACUCGCGAGUGUCGCGGGAGACCCGGUCGCUGGUGGUGCGGGUGGCUGCGCUCCGGCAGCGGAAUAUGGCUGCCGUAGACCAUAUCAUGGAGGCGUGUGAUCAUUUGGCACAUACUGCUACACAGGUUUUGGAAAAAAUCUCCAGUGGCAAGUGUGAAUCGGACACCGAGUCCGACUAUCAACAUUUAGCGGAGCUGUGGGAGAUGAAUCACUGCCUGCUGGCGGCGCUGGGCGUGUCGCACCCCGCGCUAGAGACGAUACGCGCCGCAGCGAGGGAACGGGCACUCGCCUGCAAGCUCACCGGCGCGGGCGGAGGCGGAUACGCUAUGGUACUCAUCCCUCCUUCCACUCCUCGGUCGAUCGUGGACUCCCUAGCUGGUCAGCUACUCGAACACGGCUUCAGAGUCACGGAGACUCGGCUGGGGGGUCCAGGGAUCACGCUCGAGAUGUGACCCUCGCGUGACCCCGACGCGACCCCCCCUCGUGACGCGGACAAAUCUCCGGGAGACACUUCAAUGACGAGUAUAGUGCCAGUGGUUCUAAAUGUGACCCCCAACGUGGCCCAACCUCGAGAGACCCCCGGGUUUAAUCACAAACGCCGCCGUCUUAGCUAGCAUCCGAUGUGUAUUUUAAAAUUAACUCGAAUUAUGUGUGAAUGAAACAAUGUAUGAUAUUUGAAUGACACAGUGCUCGGUGUAAUGACAAUCAUAGGAAAAGUUACCUAAUUAUAAAUUAGGUAUAAUAUAAACGGACGAUGUUGCAAUAUGAACUUUAUGUUAAUAUUAUUUAAGUGUUUUUUUAUUGUACAUCAUAAUAACUAUGAUGAUUUAGUAUUGGAUUAUCAACGAAUUUUAUAAAUCGUAAUUGUUAGGUUAUGGGCCCAGUGUAAUUGUAUUUAUCUGUCUGUACGAAUGGUUCGCUGUAACGUGAGGGAUUAACCAAUUCCAGAUGUCAUAGACAAUAAACUCUGAUGUACCAAAAAAUCCAAUGACAAUAAAAAAAGGGGUACUGUGAAAAGAGUGCAUACAUCCAAAUUGUAAAGAGGAUAUUACAUUAUCAAUUAUACCUGAUGAAAUUUAUCCUGCUUUAUAAUACAGGAUUAUCAUAUUUUUUUAUGUUUAACACUCUUUCUCGCUACUUUAUUAAAAUGCAAUACAAAGUAUAUUAUUACUCAAUAAAUAUGAUCAAUUAUUUUGAUUUAUGUAUUGAAUCAAUUUAGUUGUUUGCAGAAUACAGGUAUAUACAGUAUUAAAUAUAAUGUUCAGUAUAUUCAGCCUGUAUACAGACGUGCAAAUUUUUAUAUAUUAUUAUAUUUAUGUCAUUCUAAUUAUUCAAUAAAUAAAUUGAUAUUUCAUCGGAAUUACUGACACAU